GUUUAUCCAACUCCAUCACAAAACCCUAAGUCCACUGUUUCUCUCGCAAAACCCUACUACACGGUUACAGAGUUCAAUACCAGUCUUCCCUACAACGGCGUCGUUUAGCCAGAACCCUAGCCCUGACGAGACCCUGCGAAAAUGGGAAUACCAGCGUUCUACAGAUGGCUAGCGGAUCGAUACCCACUUGCGGUAGUGAACGCUGUGGAAGACCGUCCGGCCGUCGUUAACGGCGUCUCAGUCGCCGUUGACACCACCAGGCCUAACCCUAAUGGGAAUGAGUUUGAUAAUCUGUAUCUUGACAUGAACGGAAUCAUUCAUCCUUGUUUUCAUCCUGAGGGCCUGCCUGCUCCGAAGACAUAUACAGAUGUUUUUAAAGCAGUUUUCAAGUACAUUGAUAGAAUCUUCUCAUUGGUCAGGCCUCGGAAACUUCUAUACAUGGCAAUUGAUGGUGUUGCACCACGAGCUAAGAUGAAUCAACAGCGAGCAAGGCGUUUUAGAGCUGCUAAAGAGGCGGCUGAUGAUGCCUCUGGGACGGAGAGGCUGAAAACUGUGUUUGAAUCAGAAAUGGAAAUGUUAGCUCUUUUGGACCAAACUAAAAAGCUGGACUCAAAUGUUAUCACACCUGGUACUGAAUUCAUGGCGUUAUUGUCAUCAGCUCUUAAAUAUUACAUACAUUUGAGGAUGAAUUUGGAUCCCGGAUGGCGGGGAAUCAAGGUCAUUCUUUCUGAUGCCAAUGUGCCUGGAGAAGGGGAGCAUAAGAUAAUGUCUUACAUCCGCCUGCAAAGAAAUCUGCCAGGGUUUGAUCCAAACACACGACAUUGUUUGUAUGGAUUGGAUGCAGACCUUAUCAUGCUUGCAUUGGCUACCCAUGAAAUCCAUUUCUCUAUUUUGAGAGAGGAUGUUCAUAAGGCAUACCGAAAGGAUAAAAAUAACAAACCUAGGAAGGAUUCUUUAUUGGUAAACAAGAGAGGGAAGUCAAAACAAGGGGAAGUGGGUGGUGAGGAUAUAGAAGACUUCAUCUCAAGGCAGAAAUUUCAGUUUCUUAACAUAUGGACGCUCAGGGACUAUUUAGCACAUGAUAUGAGUAUCCCAGAUCGAAGUUUGAAGACUGACCUUGAGCGUCUGAUUGAUGAUUUUGUCUUCAUGUGUUUGUUUGUCGGAAAUGACUUUUUACCUCACAUGCCAUCAUUGGAAAUAUCUGAGGGAGCCAUUGAUCUUCUUAUGACAGUCUACAAAAAGGAAUUUGUUCAAAUUGGCGGUUACCUCACCAAUUCAUCUGAGGUGUAUUUGGAACGUGUGGAGCGCUUUAUGCAAGUUGUGGGAUCUCAUGAGAAUGCAAUAUUUAGGAAACGCAGCCAGGUACAAAAGAAACGAGGGGUCCGUUUUCAAGGAUCUUCAAAUAAAAAGACUGUCUCUGAUUAUUCAACAACUCCGUGUGUUGAGCCACAGGGGAUGACUGGGAGUUCUGGAUCUUCUUUAGAGCCCAGAAAAACACCAUUCUGUCAAGAUUCAAAAAAUUCUACAGUUAAGGAGAUUCAGUGCUCAACCAACUGUAUAUCCACUGGUGCAAAUUCUCUAGUUGAUAAGAUAAAACUGGGGGAAGACGGCUGGAAGGAAAGGUUCUAUGUUGAAAAAUUUGAGGCGAAAACUGAAGAUGACCGUGAGAGAGUUCGAAGGCAUGCGGUCUUGAAAUAUAUAGAAGGGAUUUGUUGGGUCAUGCAUUAUUAUUAUCAAGGAGUAUGCUCCUGGCAAUGGUUUUAUCCUUAUCAUUAUGCUCCAUUUGCUUCGGAUAUUUAUGGUCUUGAUCAGUUGGACAUUCAAUUCACACUUGGGAAACCCUUCAAGCCAUUUGAUCAGUUGAUGGGUGUGUUGCCUGCUGCAAGUGCACAUGCACUUCCUUUGUACUACAGGAAAUUGAUGAUGGAUGAGACAUCUCCUAUUCUGGAUUUCUAUCCUGCUGAUUUUGAGCUUGAUAUGAAUGGAAAACGUUAUCCUUGGCAGGCCAUCUGUAAAUUGCCGUUUAUUAAGGAGUCUCGUCUUCUUGCAGAGAUUGCAAAAGUGGAAAGCACAUUGACGGAUAAGGAGAAGUUGAGAAACAGGUUGGGUAUGGAUGCACUAUUUAUUCACAUCUCUGAUCCUUUAGCAGUGAAGAUAUUUUCCUUUUAUAAGCGAAAGAAAGAUCAUCCAAAGUUGCCCAUGGCUAAAGUCAAGAGAAAAAUUGACCCAAAAUUCAGUGGUGGAAUGAAUGGGUACAUGUAUAUUUCCGAUAGACCUGUCUGGCCAGCAGAAUUCUAUUCACCAAUUGAGGACAUGGAGAUGAUAGCUCAAAACAAAGUCAUAUCUAUCUUUUAUAAAUGCCCUUCUUUUCAUCCCCACAUCCCAAGGCCACUAGAGGGCGUGAUUCUGCCUGGAAAAACUGUCAUAAAGCCGCAUUUGUUGCGUCCGCCUGUUUUGUGGCAUGAGACAUCAGCAGUCUGCGGUCGCAAAUUUUCCGAAAGGCCCAUACCCAAUUCUGUCUCAGGCCCUUGUCUGGCAAAAUUGGCUCAUCGACUUGUGUUUGAAUACUGUCUUGCAAAGAGGCAAGAGACCUUGGGGCGUGGAGAGCUCAGUGACCACAUAGGUCCUGAUACUUUGCGCCAGUCGCCCUCUAAAGAAACAGGUAAUGCAAGAGGAAUAGAUGGAUAUAACGAAAGCUGUGUUGAUGGCAGAUCUAGAAAAAGAAAGCGGAGCAGUCACAAGGAUGGGCCACAUGACAAGUUCAAGAACCAGAACCACCGGGGUAAUGGCCGACUCAGAAAAGGAAAACGGAGAAAGGUCACAGAACCCAGAAAUGGAAGAGCUAGAUUUCCUUGAGCCCCAUACUUCUGUCUAUACAGGUUUUCCAACCAGCAUGGCGGUUUCAAGCAUUAUUUUGCUGUCCCAGAUAGCAAAUUCAGGAUAGAGGAUCGGCAUUGACAAGAAGUGCAGCAAACCUUGCAGAGUGCCCCUGAAGAAGAGUUCCCUUGACGACAAAACCCAGAAAAGUAGAAGAGGUAGAGAUUUCCUAAGAGAUGCCCCUAGUUCUUUAUUUGUUCAAUAGUUCAGACUCUAACCUGGGAAUUUUGUAGGUUAUCCAGGCAACACUGUAAUAUUAGCUUUGUUUUAAAUGAGCUUUUAUCUCAAUUUUCCUCUCGACUGAUGUACUUUUUAUUUGUAAAACUGAGUUGUAAUUUAUACGAAAACAAGGAAGAAAGAAUUUCUGUUA